AGUGUAACAGCAUGGUAUAGAAUACUGGGAUGUUAUACUUUAGAAUGCUGGGAUGUUAGACUUUAGAAUGCUGGGAUGUUAGACUUUAGAAUACUGGGAUGUUAGACUUUAGAAUACUGGGAUGUUAGACUUUAGAAUACUGGGAUGUUAGACUUUAGAAUACUGGGAUGUUAGACUUUAGAAUACUGGGAUGUUAGACUUUAGAAUGCUGGGAUAUUAGACUUUAGAAUGCUGGGAUGUUAGACUUUAGAAUACUGGGAUGUUAGACUUUAGAAUGCUGGGAUGUUAGACUUUAGAAUACUGGGAUGUUAGACUUUAUAAUACUGGGAUGUUAUACUUUAGAAUGCUGGGGUGUUAGACUUUAGAAUACUGGGAUGUUAGACUUUAGAAUGCUGGGAUGUUAUACUUUAGAAUGCUGGGAUGUUAGACUUUAGAAUACUGGGAUGUUAGACUUUAAAAUGCUGGGAUGUUAGACUUUAGAAUACUGGGAUAUUAGACGUUAGAAUACUGGGAUGUUAGACUUUAGAAUACUGGUAUGUUAUACUUUAGAAUGCUGGGAUGUUAGACUUUAGAAUACUGGGAUGUUAGACUUUAGAAUACUGGGAUGUUAUACUUUAGAAUGCUGGGAUGUUAGACUUUAGAAUGCUGGGAUGUUAGACUUUAGAAUGCUGGGAUGUUAGACUUUAGAAUACUGGGAUAUUAGACUUUAGAAUACUGGGAUGUUAAACUUUAGAAUGCUGGGAUGUUAGACUUUAGAAUACUGGUAUGUUAGACUUUAGAAUGCUGGGAUGUUACACUUUAGAAUACUGGGAUGUUAGACUUGGAAUUACAAGUGCUACACCAGAUCAAGACGGUCACAUACAAGACUUAAGACUUCCAUAAAGGCGCUAUGGGAUAUCUGAAAAGCCGUUUUCAUUCAAUGUAAUACAGUUUUGUCAAUACAAUGAAGUUCUGUAGAAGUUUAAUAAAGUUUUACUGUCACCUGCUGGAAACAACAGCACUCUGUGUUUACUGUUUAGGAACGGGUUCAUCUCGGAAACCCAGAACAAAAAUCUUGCAUAAUUGCGUCAGAUACUCGAUUUAUGUAACGUAGUCUGUCCACAAGAGAUUAGGAAUGGGACUUUGCCUUGUUUAGAUUUAGCAACAGUUGUAGAACUGGAAACCCAGAUGGUGCAAACAGCAAAUGUUCCUGGAACCUGACCUGUUGUGUCAUGAGGAGAGCAAACAGCAGAGCUAUCAGUCUGUCCGCCUGCCCGUCUGUCCGUCAGCUUCUCCGUCUGUCCGUCCGCUUCUCCGUCUGUCCGUCCCCUUGUCCGUCUGUCCAUCUGUCAGUCCGUCCGUCCGUCUGUCUGUCGGUCUGUCCACCCAUGGUUUGGGAGACAUGGUUGUUUGUGUCAGCUAGCCCAGUUAUUCUGUCUAUCUGCCUUUCCAUCUUGCAGACUCUUGGGAAGUGGGUGUAUAUUGCUGAGAGUUCAGGCCGUCCUUCCUGUGAGCAAAUACUGAAUACCUUAUUACACAGUGCCUGGAUAGAGGUCUCUGUGCCGGUCGAUGUCGUUGACUUCUAUGGCUUUGGUAUUCCGGAUCAGAGGACGCUGAUGCUUUAGGAUCAACUCUAACUUUACUCUGCAUGACAAUAACACAUGGACUUCAGUGAUCCCCUUCCCUGUUUCUGAGGUCCUCCUAACAACGUGCCCAGACUGCCUCUUGACCCUGGAGAGAUGGGCUGAGGAUGGGAAGCCCUACACCGCUCUAAAGCUCUUCAGUAGGAGAAGGGAGCUCACUGCUGCUGAACUGGACUUCUAUAAGAAACAGGUAACUUGUCUCAGUCUGCCACCAGAGACGUUCAUGGAUCCACAGAAAGAGCUCUGUCCCGACACAACUUCCUGUUUCUCG